AUGGAUACGAAUUCGACCGUGAGUACUGCAACCGAGUAUUGGCAACAACAUGCAGCAUUGCGAGCAAAACAUCAAGGGGAUGUGGAGAAGGUGCAUAGUGCAUUCAAGAAAUAUGUGGAUCAUAUGAAGGGACACGAUGAGACGGAGCAGAAGAAGAAACUACGGUAUCUUCUCAGCUAUGUGGAGCUCUGCGCGAACAUAUUAGGUGAGGAUAAAACGACGCACCAGGCACGGAAGAUUGAAGAAUUGGACAAGGUGUUUAAAUACAUUGUGAAAAUUGUAAACCCGUACUUGAAGAAACUUCGGACGGAGACAGACAAGCGUAGCUAUCCAGCUAGUGAUAGCAAUGCUAAUACAUGUGGCCAGCACGUAACACCACCUGAUUCGAGUGGUGAGACUUCUUUGAUUGCGACGACGAGCUCUGGAUCUACCAUGCCAGAGAAUAAUGCAAAUGGUUUUAGCAGUGCCACGACCCAGCUGCAGCCCGCCGGGCAGACUCAGCAACAAAGUGCAUCUACGCAGCAUUCGGUAAUGGCGGCGCAGCAGAAACAGCAGCACUAUAUGAUGCAGCAGCGUGCUCAACAAAUGCAGCAUCAACAACAACAAAUGCAGGCACAGGCGCAUCAACAGCAAAUGAUCAAGCAGCAACAAAUGAUGCGUCAGCAUCAAAUGCAGCAGAAGGGUCCACAGCAACAAGCGCAAUUUUCAGCUCAACAACAGUCACGUCAAAUGAAGCAGCAACAUAAUGGACCGAACGCCGCCAAUCAGCAUAGUGGCCAGCAGACUCAGCAACAGCUGGGACAACAAGGGAUUUCGCGGUCGCAGCAAGAGUCACAGAACUCGGUACAGCAGCAGAAACCUCCGCAAUCUCAGCAGCAAACCCAGCACGCUUCAUCAUCUCGAGGAGAAAGCACGUCCAUCAGCUCUAGCCUAACUUUGGGACUAGAUGACUCGCUAUAUGGCAGCAUGGCGAACGAUUUGUUACAAAUGCCGACACCUUCUGGAACGUCUUCAGGAGGACUCAUGGAUUUUUCCAACACAUUGUCACCUACUAGUUUUGGUGGUAUGGAUCUGCUUGAUUGGGAUGAUGGUACAUCCGGUCAAAGCACAUCCGUCCACAACAAUACGACUACGACUACGACUACGACUGGUGGUAGUGCUACUGGUAAUGGUAGUGGUGCUACUGGUAAUGGUAGUGGUGCUACUACUGGUAAUGGUGGUGGUGGUGAUACAUCGGACCUUAUGACAUUUGUUGAGACGUUGUAA